AGAGAGAGGGUAAGUAAGCGGUGUUCUCUCUUCUACAGUCUUUUCUCUCAUCUCUCUUUUUGUUUGAUUUGUUGAGAGGUUUUUUUAAUAGGUUUUUUUGUAUGUUCUGGGAAAAGAAAUAGAAGAUUCAAUUAGUUUUGCAUUCUAUUUUGGUAAAAUCAUAUUUUAAGUUCUUGAAUUAAUUUUAGAUUUGUUAUUGAGACUCAAACUUUAAUCAAUGCGUAUAAAUCCCUUAACUUCGUGGUUUGAGCAAUAUAAUAAUUAUUCUUACAGUAAUUUAGUCCUUAUUCUGUUAAAGAAUUAAGGACUAAAUUGCUAAGAUCAUGGAAUCUAGGUAUUUAUAUGCAUCAUUUAAAAUUUAAGAGUUUAAUAACGAAUCUGAAGUUAGUUUAAGACUUAACAUAUGGUUUUGUCUUCCAUUUUUUAAUCGCUGUUACUAAGUGUUGGUACUAAUCUGCUUUAAAACUCCAGGCAAAGUGGUUACUGAGUAGGCAAUCAAUAAAAAAUGUCCAGCAUCCUAACCUAACAUUCACCAACACUUUUAAUUAAAAUAAAUGUGCAAGAAGCCAGAACUCUCAGUGUUCUCUACUAAAGAGAAAAAUGGAGGUAGCUCUGAAUUUACAAUUCUCCAUCAUUCUUAACAUUCUCAUCAUCUGCACGACUCACCUAGGCCACGGCUUUCAAACUCCUCCCACAAAUGAAACCGACAUACAUGCAUUGUUGGCCUUCAAGGAUCACAUAGAGGAAGAUCCACGAGGAGUUUUGAGUUCUUGGAAUAAGUCUCUCCAUUUUUGCAAUUGGAGAGGGGUUUCAUGUAGCCAAAGACACCAAGGAAGAGUCACUGUCUUGAAUUUUGGCGGGCAGAAGUUGGUUGGUUCAAUUCCUCCUCAUAUUGGGAAUCUAUCAUUUCUCAGGCAAAUCAACCUAAGCGACAACAACUUCAAAGGUGACAUUCCGAAAGAGAUUGGCCGGUUAUUUCGACUGAUAUAUCUCGAUGUGAGCAACAAUGUCUUACGAGGGCAAAUUCCUAGCAAUUUGGUAUUCUGCUCAAAGAUGCGAAUCAUUGAUUUCGCGCUUAAUAACCUUGUAGGCGAAAUCCCUAUGGAAUUUAGAAACCUAUCAAAAAGUCUUCAAUUUUUUCAAGUCUAUGCCAAUCAGUUAACAGGAAGUAUACCACAAUGGUUGGGCAAUGCAUCAUCACUUAUUGUAUUAUCCUUGGGAGAAAAUCAUUUUCAUGGUAGCAUUCCUACUGAGCUUGGAAGACUAGGAAAAUUGAAGCACUUGCAACUUGUUGAUAGCAACUUGUUUGGAAGUUUUCCACUUCCUAUACUCAAUCUUUCGUCACUCAAUUAUCUAUCAAUUGCUUUUUAUGGUAAAAUCCCAUUCAAUAUUGGCUUUACAAAUCCUAAUCUCCAAUAUCUUGCAAUUGGCAUUAACUAUUUUUAUGGGGAGAUACCAACUUCCUUACUUAAUAUGUCAAAGCUAAUAGUGGUGAGCUUACCAUUCAACAAUUUGAGUGGAGUCAUACCUUCAAACUUGGGAAGCCUAAGGAAUCUUCAACACCUAGGGCUUGCUGCCAAUCAAUUGGAACCUCCUGAAAAUGAAGGCUUGGGUUUCCUAACUUCUUUAACCAAUUGCAGCAACCUCAAAGCAUUGCAUUUGGGCGGCAACAAUUUCAAAGGUGAAUUGCCUACUUCAAUUGCUAAUCUUUCAACAAAGCUUGAGUAUUUGUGGAUGGGUAAAAAUCAGAUUUCAGGUAAAAUUCCCAAGGAGAUUAGGAACCUAGUUGGGUUAACCUCACUGGAUAUGAGUAUGAACUAUAUUACAGGUGAAAUUCCUUCUAGUAUUGGCAAACUAGACAAGUUAUCUAGACUUUAUCUAUUUAGCAAUAGAAUUUCAGGUCUCAUCCCAUCCUCACUUGGGAAUAUCACCCAGUUGCAAGAUUUGGAGUUGGAUGGCAACAAUUUGAGUGGCGUAAUUCCUCCUAGUUUGGGAAAUUGUUCCCAACUUGAAAGAGUUUUUCUUGACAACAAUUACCUGUUUGGAAUCAUACCAAAACAACUCUUGAGCUUAUCUUCAAUGAUUAACCUCUCGAUGUCAUGGAAUUCGUUUAUGGGAGAGUUGCCUUUAGAUGUGGGUAAAAUGACCCACUUAGGGGGUUUUUCUGUUUCACACAAUAGACUGUUAGGAGCAAUUCCAAGCACCUUGGGAAAAUGUUUGAUGCUAGAAGACCUUUGGAUGCAAGACAACUUCUUUGAAGGAAGCAUUCCACCUUCAUUUAGUGCUUUGAAAAACCUUAAAGACCUAGAUCUCUCCAGAAAUAAUUUGUCGGGCCAAAUUACAAAAUAUCUCCAAAAUUUCACUCUGUUGCAAAACCUAAACUUGUCCUUCAAUCACUUUGAAGGAGAAGUACCAAUUGGAGGGAUCUUUAGAAAUGCAAGCAUUAUUUCAGUUCAUGGAAAUCAAAGGCUCUGUGGAGGUAUUCAACAAUUAGGACUUCCUCUAUGCGAGAUUCAAGGAAUGAAAAAGAAAGGGAAGUUCCAACAUUUGAAGGUGGUGAUUCCAAUAAUCGUUUCAUGCUCACUAUUCUUGAUUGUGGUUCUUCUUGUUAUUUUUUCAUACAGAAAGAAAUCUAAAAGGAGAUCUUCUACCACUAUGCAAGAGAAAGAAUUUUUUCCACAAAUUUCUUAUGCAGAGCUCAGUCAGGUAGUUAAUGAGUUCUCACCAUCAAAUUUGGUAGGCAAGGGAAGUUUUGGUUCUGUCUAUAAAGGAAUUCUAGUUGCAAAUGGAAUGAUGGUUGCAGUAAAGGUGCUAAAUCUUAAACAGAAAGGGGCUGCUAAGAGUUUCUUGGCUGAAUGUGCAGCAUUGAGCAACAUUCGACAUCGAAAUUUAAUAAAAAUCAUAACUGUUUGUUCGAGUAUAGAUUUUAAAGGAAGUGAUUUCAAGGCUAUCAUUUAUGAGUUCAUGCAGAAUGGAAGUUUAGAAGAGUGGUUGCAUCCACAUGAAAAUCAAGGAGUGGGAGAAUUCAACUUCAUCCGGAGACUGAAUAUAGCCAUUGAUGUUGCAUUUGCACUUGAAUAUCUCCACCACUAUUGCCAACCAGCUAUAGUUCAUGGAGAUCUUAAGCCAAGCAAUGUUCUACUUGAUCAUGACAUGGUUGCACAUGUGGGUGACUUUGGGAUGUCAAGAAUAUUUCGAAACGAGAGCAGUCAUAGCAUUGCUUCCAAAGAACAGAACAGCUCCAUUGGAAUAAAAGGAACAGUUGGUUAUAUUCCCCCAGAAUAUGGCAUGGGUAGCAAGACAUCUAUGGAAGGAGAUGUGUAUAGUUUUGGAAUUAUGUUGUUAGAGAUGAUUACAGGAAAGCGACCAACUGAUCCUAUGUUCAACGAUGGUUUCAACAUUCACCAAUUCACCAAAAUUGCAUUGCCAGAGAGAGUGAUGGAGAUUCUUGAACCCUCGUUAUUACAAGAACUACAUGUGACAAAUAAUAGUGGUAUUGAACAUUCCAGGGCAAGGAACAACAUGGGAAGAAGAAUUGGUGUUUUGGAAAGCUUGUCAGAAGUUGCAAGAGUGGGAGUCUUCUGCUCAAUGGAGUCUCCAAAUGAGAGAAUGGAGAUGAAAGAAGUUGUUGCGGAACUAUCUGCCAUUAAACACAGAUUUCUUGGUGCUAGGAAUUGAUGCAACGUACGUUGACAUGGCUCUUGUUUGUCUUUUGCUUUUUGUUUCCCUUUUUGUUUUUUUAAUUGAAAUAAACCCAAGCCCAUUUCUUAAUAGGGCCUGGACCUUUUUUAUACGCCUGUGCCAUUGCUAGCUUUAUGGCAUUUUCUUAUUAGUAUAUCAAUAUAUAGAACGUUAUACAUGAAGGAAUCUAUUAUCCUUCUCUAAUAUAAAAGGGGAUGUAAA